AUCGAAACAACCCCAGGAGUCCACGAUUAUGUCUAUGCCAGGGUUCUCUCUCUCAUAAGAUCGCUAUUUAAGCCAGCAAGGCCGUAUCGAGUACAUGUAGUGGAAGACACGUUCGCCCCAUGACGAACGGGUGAAGUCUCGGCAUGACACGCCCUAAAGGGACAGCAAAUAAUGAAGACCGGCUGAUGUCAAAAUGGCGUAGGAAAAGGCAAAGUAAUCCACAUUUCGAAAAACGGGGUAUCUGAGGGAUAGAUAUAUCGGAUAUGUGGCCUGGCCUGCAGUCAUUGCUGCAUCACUGUUUCGCUGAAUCUUACCUUCUUCCAUUGCCCCUCCAGAGCGCAUUUUCUAUGAAAGACGAAAGUAUACCAGAAUACUUUUUUCUCCAAAAGAAACAGAAACCGAAACAAGCAACAUAAGCAUCAUGUCGAACAGAGAGGAAAGAGAAGCCGAAGACAACUACGAGGCGGAGAAUGACGCCUCCCCGGUCACCGGCGAUAUUACAGACAACUCAUAUCUCAGGGAAACCCGCGGGGUGCUGAGAGCCGACGACCAGUUGCCCGUUAUUCCUGACCAGGCCGACUAUGAUGAUCCGAUGCAGCCUCCGUAUUCGAAUUCCAAUGAACAGUUGGCGGACGAUGAGAGAGAGGCGAUUGAUCAGAACAAUAUUCUCCCCGGUGACAGGCUGAGACAUGCGAAGGCUCGAACACAGAAUGCAUACAAUGAGGGACCUGAUGAGAGUGAUCUCCCUACUGACGUCCGCGAGGGGAACCAGGGAAGAUCUGGUACCAAGAGGAUUACAUAAAGUGUUUGAUACUGCUGUGAUGUACUUAUGAUGAGAACGUAAAUCAGAUCACCAGAUAUAGUUUCCAAUGUUGAUGGAUAGAUUGCAC